AUGAAUGCUAGGAAAGACGACUCUAACGAUACGCAGACCGGACAGAGUGCUCCAGCCCCCGACGUUCCGUCCCGGGCAGCCCAUAAGGAUGCUAGUGAGAUCUCGGCCGCAGAACCCUCAUUGAGGUCGGACGUUACAAUGGUGAAAGCGAACGAGCCAAACACGCAGUCUAAGAACAGUGCAGCAAACCCUAUCCCGUCUUCCUUCAAACCCUACGACGGAAGUAAAGAUUUUAAAUGCUGGCUUCGACGCCUAAAGUUCCACCUAGACGACGUCCCACAAGACGAACGCAGUCGUACGGUACUACAACAUCUAGCAGACGACCAAAUGGGCAAGGCACUGGAUGCCGGACUCACUCGCCACACCCCUUUCCGCAGACAACAGAACAACACCUCCUGGCCCAGACCACACUACCAGCCUUCACAGCGAUUUAACCGACCCCCGCCGCUUAACGCUGAACCAAGACAAUUCCGGGGAGAUAGAGACAGUACCGAGGCAGCGAUUACCAAGGAAGGUAACCACAUUAUUCCCGUCUGCUUUGAUUACACGUAA